UUAAAACACUAAAUUUACAGCAAUUUACUAUUAAAAUUAAAUUAAUUAAAAUCAGAAAUGGAAAGAAAACAUCAAUGCCCGACUUGCGGUAAAACAUUUGGGACAAAACAACAUUUACGUACACACAUGCGGACUCAUACGAAUGAGAAACCGUUUAAAUGCGAAUCCUGCGAACGUCGUUUUUCAGAGAAAACAUAUUUAACACAGCACCUAAAAUCGCACUCGGAUAAAAGACCAUUCAAGUGCAAUUAUAAUGGCUGUGAACGGAGCUACAAACACAAAUGUGGGUUAGAACGACACGUGUUCGCAUGCCAUUUAAAAGACGUUUUAUCUAAAAUAUCAUCAGAUGACCCGAAGGUCACAAGACGUAAAUGUAAUGUGUGCGGAAUAGUUCUUUCCUCUUCCGAUGUGUUAACGGGACACAUGAGAACACACACCGGAGAGCGGCCGUAUUCGUGUAAUAUUUGCAACGAAACGUUUACAUUCAAAACUCAAUUAAAUAGACACCAGAAAAAGUUUCAUCCGGAAGGCAAAAUACUCACUAAGUGUAAAGAUAUAAAAGACAAUAUUAAAGACGUUAUAAAUGAGAGGAAAAGAAAAGAAUUUGAUCCCUGUUUUAGUGCAGCAAUCAAUUCCGACGAAGAACGAAAACAACGUGAAGAAAUCAUUUCUGGAAUGACGAGUGGCAUAUCACAUGAGCCUGAAGACAUCCAUAAAGACACUACCUUCGAAACACACGUGGUACCAUCGACAUUUUUCGAUCUGUUUCCAGAAGUAAGAAUCGAUCGAUAUGAAUUGAAAUGUGUCUUGUGUCAAGUUCAGUUUGACGACGAAGUUUCAAUGCAAGAACACAUGAAAAAUGGUAAAUUUUAUUCGAAGUUGUUGACCAAAUUCCUCUUCAGAGAAUGUUUCUCGGAUGAGGUUGUUCUGAUCGUACAUGCGUUUUAUAAUGCACUCAUUUGUCUCAUGGUUGGGGACAGAGAAGGAAAACAUCAAUGCCCAACUUGCGGUAAAACAUUUGCGACAAAACGGAAUUUACGGAGACAUAUGCGGAUUCACACAAAUGAGAAGCCAUUUAAAUGCAAUAUCUGCGAACGUCAUUUUUCGGAUGGAACUAAUUUAAGACGGCACUUGCAAUCGCAUUCGGAUGAAAGACCAUUCAAGUGCAAUUAUACAGGUUGUGGAUGGAGCUUUAAAUGGAAAAAGAAUUUAGAACGACACAUGUAUAGACUGCAUCCUCAAGAGAUUUUAUCUAAAAUUCCAGCAGAUGACCCGAAGAUACAAAGCCGUAUAUGUCACAUUUGCAGAAAACCUUAUGAAGAUUUAUGUGCUUUAAAAAUCCACUUGAGAACUCACAACAGAGAAUGGCCAUUUACUUGUAAUUUUUGCAACAGUACAUUCCUGUACAAACAUAACUUAAACAAACACAUCAGAAGGUUCCAUCCUGGAGAAGAAAGUCCAUCUUGCUCCCAGGAUAUAAAAGACGAUAUUAAAGACGUUACAAGUGAGAGGAAAAGAAAAGAAUUUGAUCCGUGUUUUAGUGCAGCAAUCGAUUCCGACGAAGAACGAAAACAACGUGAAGAAAUCCUUUCUGGAAUGACGAGUGACAUAUCACAUGAACCUGAAGACAUCCAUGAAGACACUACCUUCGAAACAGAUGUGGUACCAUCGACAUCUUUCGAUCUGUUCCCAGAAGUAAGAAUCGAUCGAUAUGAAUUGGAGUGUGUCUUGUGUCAAGUUAAAUUUGACGACGAACUUUCUCUGCAAGAACAUAUGAAAAAGUAUCAUUAAGAAUCAUUUUCAACGUUAAACACGUUUAAAUACUUUUUAGUUCACGAUUGUUCCUUUGAAAUUUAUUCUAUAUUGAUUCGUUUGCUCGUAUAGAUUUUAAAUAUGUGAUUAAAAUUUUAAUUUUAGUGAAAAAAUCACACGCGUAACUUAAUGUUCAAAAUUGUAGUGAUUUAAA